AUGUCAGAUGUGUUUUUCCUGAGCUUCUUAGGUGGGUGCAGCAUAUGCUGGUUCAACACAGUUUGCUUUGUCCUAUGCAUAAGGAACUUCCAAAUCAACAGGCCCCUUGCACUUUCCUUAACUGUCAGCUACAAUGGUGUGAGUGCAGCACUCUACACUCUUGCUGCAACCUCAAUAAACCCUUCAUCAGAUUCAAUAUACCUUCUUCUCAAUGCCAUUGUUCCCCUCCUCAUUUCCUUUGCAGCACUUGUCCCAAUCCUUCGCCAACCCAUUGUUGAUCCUCUUCCCCCAGAUGGGGUCAGAAGAAACUCAGUCAUAUUCUUCAUACUCAACAUCUUAGCAAUCUUCACUGGCAUCUACCUUCUCCUCUUUGGUUCAUCAACUUCUGAUGUAACCACUGCAAGGUUUUACCUUGGUGGAGCCCUUAUACUUCUUGUAUCUCCACUAUGCAUCCCCGGAAUCAUAUAUGCCAGAGACUGGUUUCGCCGUACCAUUCAUUCCACCAUUAGAAUUGAUGGUUCUGGCUUCAUUCUUGUCCAUGUUAAUGAUCUUGAGCUCCAUAAAGAACUCCUUGCUCGCCAAAACAGCACUCUCAGCAAUGGAGAUGGUUAUACCUUGAUGAAUGAGAAUGGAUCCAUGUAUAGAACUCAAAGUGCUAAAAGUAGUGAUGUGUGUUGUGAGCGAGUGUUUGGGCAGGAUCAGUUGGCAAUGCUGGGUGAAGAGCACCCAGCUGGAGUUCUUGUUAGAAGGUUGGAUUUUUGGCUUUACUAUGUUGCAUACUUCUGUGGAGGUACAAUUGGUCUUGUCUACAGCAACAAUCUUGGACAGAUAGCACAAUCUUUAGGCAUGAGCUCAACUACUUCAACACUUGUUACACUAUACUCAUCUUUCUCCUUUUUUGGCCGUUUGCUUUCAGCAGCACCAGACUAUAUUAGAAAUAAGUUCUACUUUGCAAGGACUGGAUGGCUAACCAUUGCACUUAUGCCAACCCCAAUCGCGUUCAUCUUGCUUGCUUCAUCAGACAGUGCUGCAGCACUUCAUGCAGGCACUGCAAUAAUUGGCUUGAGCUCUGGAUUCAUAUUUGCAGCCGCCGUGUCAGUUACAUCAGAACUCUUUGGACCUAACAGUGGAACUCAUUGUCUGAAACAUUGGUAUGCAUGGGAAGGAAAUGCUAUUUCUGGACAUUUGUAUUGUGGGGAUGCUUAUCUGUUGUGGGACUAGUUUCUAGUCUGCUCUUGUUCUUGAGAACCAAACAUGCUUAUGAUCAUUUUGAGAGACACCGAAUUUCAACACAAACAUCAAUUGUUUCUUAACUCUUAGCAUUUGUAUUGAAAUGAUCACCAUAGGAUUGUAUAUAGCAAUCAUAGCAGAAACUUGACAUAUCUUAUAUAGGCUAUGAUAUGAGAUAUUUAGAUCUAUUUACAAAGUCAGAUGAUAAGUAGAAACCAAUUUUGUAAUUUUUAGGGCCUAUUGUUUCUUGGUAAGAGCAAAAAGACAAGCUUCAUUGAUUUUAUGACUUUAACCAAGACCUUUUGGCUUU